AGAGGAAUUAUACAAUUGGGAGGAGGUUUUUCCCUGUUCUCAUUGAGAAUUCUGAACAAAAGGUUGGUUGACAAUUUCUGUAUUUGUGAAGGGUACAGUGUACCUCGUUGCCUGAUGUAUGAGAUUUAUGUGGAGACCUGUGGUCACAAUCCUCAGACCCAAGUCAAUCCAGCCACAUUUGGGAAGCUUGUGCGUUUGGUUUUUCCUGAUCUUGGUACCCGGAGGCUAGGCACGAGAGGAAGUGCCAGGUAUCAUUAUGAUGGAAUCUGUAUCAAGAGAAGUUCUUUCUUCUAUGCCCAGUAUUGCUACCUUCUGGGUGAAAAAAGGGAUCACAGUGGAGAUAUCAUUGCCUUUGAAAAGUCUACUAACUAUAACAGCAUUAUCCAACAAGAAGGAACAUGUGAAAAUCAUUCACCGAUAAAGACAGACCCCGUUGGAUCCCCUUUGUCUGAAUUCAGGAGAUGUCCAUUCUGGGAGCAAGAACUGGCAAAGAAGUACUCCUACAAAAUGAUGGCCUUUCUUGCUGAUGAAUACUACAACUAUUGCCAAGAGAUUUUACAAAACGUGAGGAACCAAGAACUUGAGAGGGUGGAGGACUUGCUCACUUCUUUCUGGAAAUCUCUGCAGCAAGACACAGUCAUGCUUAUGUCAUUGCCUGAUGUGUGCCAGCUCUUUAAAUGCUACGAUGUGCAGCUGUACAAGGGAAUUGAGGACGUUCUCCUUCAUGACUUUUUGGAAGAUGUUUCUAUUCAGUACCUGAAGUCUGUCCGGUUAUUUAGUAAGAAAUUUAAGCUGUGGCUACUUAAUGCUUUGGAAGGGUUUCCCACCCUCGUGCAGAUCUCCAAACUCAAAGAAGUUACUGCGUUUGUCAAAAGACUAAGAAGAAAGACAUACCUUUCCAACAUGGCAAAGACUAUGAGAAUGGUAUUGAAAAACAACAAGAGGGUCAAUGUUUUGAAGUCGGAUCUAUAUGCCAUCAUCAAUCAAGGUGCUUUGGACACUUCUAAGAAAGCCCCGCCGAGUAACCCGUGCAGCACGGCUGACCUGGAGAUGCACACGGAGAUGCAAUGUUUAAGCAGUUUGAUUUCUUUGCUGGGGACAUCCACAGACCUCAGUGUAUUCCUGAAUUGUCUGUCUUCAAAUCUCCAAGCAUUUGUCUUCCAGCCAAGCAGAAACAAAGAAGAAUUUAUCAAAUUGGCCGCCAGCUUCCAGCUGAGAUGGAAUUUCCUUCUUACCACUGUGAGCAAAGCCAUGACCCUCUGCCACAGAGAUAGUUUUGGCUCCUGGCAUCUGUUUCAUUUGCUGCUUCUAGAAUAUGUGAUUCAUAUACUUCAGUCAUGCAUAGAAGAGGAAGAGGACGACGAUGAUGUGGGAAAUCUCAAGGAAAUGCUACCAGAUGACCAGUCUCUUGUCCAGCCAGACCAGGCAACCUUCCACCCUCCAGAUUCUUCACCAGCCCUGGCGUAUGACAGCCCACAUAUGGAUCCACAUGGGGUGAUGCUGAAACACAUAGGCCAGAGCCGAUGUCCUGUGGGUGUGAACAGUGUGUUUCUCAGGGUCCUGGGCUUCCUGGUGGACACUGACACGGGUGAUAAGCUCAUCCAGGUAUUGUUGGAGGACAAGGCCACCGAAAGCACCUUCAAACUCAGCCUUCCUGUGGGACAAGAGGCCCUGGUAACUCUAAAAGAUGGACAAAAAUUUGUAAUUCAUGUAUCAGAUGUACCCCAAAGCUCUGAAAAUAUUUUUUUCAGGGAAAGCAACGCUAAUAUAUAAGAUCAUUUCUUAGAAUAGGACAUGAGAAAACAUAGAUUUUCACUCUUAAAAAUAUAUUAAGUGCUAAAGCUUUUGUAUUGAUGAGAAAGAAGAUUUUAUGUACAUAAUAGAGGUAGCAUUGUCUAUUUUGUGUUUAUAUGUAUUUCAAGCAGUUAGUUUAGGUGAAUCAUAUAAACUGAUUUGGAGAAUGUUUUUUGCUUCUGUUGCUUUUCUUCAGGGCUUUUCAAGUGUUUUUACCAGGGACUUAAUAGAAGAGAAGUUUGAGAAAUCUUGUGAGUAGAGAAAUGGAUAGAUCUCUAGCGAGAGAUAAAAUUUGAAUACAAACAGGUACAACCAGUAAAAGGCCAAUGGUAACAUUUUUCUUCCCCUUGGCAGGGCCCCGAUUGAAAUAGAAUUUGUGGAAAGAUCUCCUCAGGCAGUAAGAAACAGACAAAAUGCAAUUUGAUACCAACCGUUAGGCUUACUUAUUGGUCCAUUAAGAACAUUCUUGAAGUGAGGUCAAAUUUUGAACCCAACAAUGUCUGCAACAAAUGGUGAUGCCCUCCUUUGAGUCACUUUUUAUUGCUCUUUGUUGCAAAAUCCUGAGAAAUGUUGAAACUAAGAAUAGAUCAUUCACUGCUAAGCCAGAUCAAUUUUUAUGUAACUGAUUAUAACAUUUAAAAGGAAUUUAGCAAUUCAUGCUUAACAUGACUUCUGGUAUAAGAGGAAAUAAUAGAGAAUAUUUUAUUGAUCUCAUGUUAUAUAAGAAAUGAAUUAAAUUUCCCUAAAUGCUUGGAAAUUUUAAAGAAACACGAACUGUGUCACUAGAUUUGUUAAGAAUUAUGCAUCUUUAUAGUUAAAGAAGCAAUCAUUAUUUCAGGGCCCUUUACUACUACAUUUAAUAUGUUAUCUCAUUAGUUAAGCUCUCUGGGAGUAAUAGUUUAUCAAAGAAUUACUCAGGGAUAUUCCUUUACUCACUGUUCAGUGACCUUGCAUAUCAUUCAUUUGCUCACAUGUAAGUGGACAGAUGGGAGACAAGAAACAAAGGUAGCAACAAGAUGUACCAGAUUGGGAAUAGUGAAUUUUAUUUGCAUAUUUUGAGGUAAACUGAUUAGCCGAGAGCUAGCAGAGGAUAUUCAGUCCUUGAAAAAGCUAACCAGGUUCAUCAAAGGCAACAAUCUGAAUUGCUUAUCUCUAGGGUCAGAAGUUAGGUUAGGGGAUGAGGGUGGGUAGUAAGAAACAGGAGAGAAAGAGGCUUCUGGGACCCCUGAUAGUGUUCCAAUCUGCCGUUCAAGUGUGUCCACCUUGUGAAAAUGUGUCACAGAGCUUAUGACUUGAUUUGAUUAAUUUUCUGCUUUAUGCUAUGUAUGAAAGUGUAUUUUUUUAAGUUUAUUUUAUUUUGAGAGAGAGAGA